UUUCAUAUGCUAGGACCGACAACUUCUUCAUAUCCCACCUCAGGUACAUGUUUGUUUUCAUGUAUUUAAUUUAUGCUUUUAUUUAUAUGUUAUUUAUUAUAUUCUGAUAUAAUUUGUUUAUUCUUAUAAUGUGUUCCAAAUCCAACGACUGAUUCACAAGCCAACUCAGGUAUAACAAAUGGCUAUGUAUCUGAUUACGUUAAUUUAACUACAAGUUAUUUAUUAUCAAUUUUUGUAAUAUGUGUUUUUUUUUUCCAUUACUCCUCACAUGCCCUACAGGUUCUUUAUCUUCCCCCCGAGGUCGAGGAUUUGCGAAAGGCAUUAAAGAUUGGGGUACGGGCAAGAAGUUGGCCAUUGAUUUCGACGCCGACUUCAAUCCUACUGGAGAUAAUGAGUCUAAGUUAACUAGCCAACUUGGGUUCAUGGUACAUAAUGGGAACAUUGUUUCUCUUACGUACGUUGAUUGGACCGAAGUGCCUAUUGAUGUUCUUGAGUCAAUAUGGGCAGAUGUUAAGGAUCAUUUACAAAUUUGUCCGGAGGGGUACAAACCACGUUGCUUGAAAAAGUGCAAUGAGUUGUGGAAGGAUCACAAAAGCAAGAUCAAGAAUAAGUAUUUUAAGCCUAACAAGGAUCAUACUAAUAUCAAAGACAUGGUGCCUUCGCAAAUUGUUCCAGAACAGUGGUAUGAUCUUGUUGAUUAUUGGAAGACAAAGAAAGUAGAGGUAUAUAAAAUAAGUUAAUU